GCGCUUGUCCCCGUUUGGCCCUUGGUCGUGGCUCCGGAGGUGGACGCGCCGUGUAGGCGUGUGGUGCCCCCCGCCUCUUGACUCGGCAUUGCGGCGCGGUGGGGCUGGCUUUGUGCCGCCGCAGGUGGCGGGCUGCGUGUGCGUGUACAUUUGUGUGUAUGUGUCUGUGUGUGUGUGUCAGCCCGAGGCACUGAGUCACGGCCCGCAGCCCAGCACUUCCUCCUGCCGCAGGGGACACGACCCGCAGCCCCGGCGCGGGCGGCAGCACCCUGCCUGCUCUCCUCCCUCCCGCAGGACAGCUUACCUGCCGCCGCCGAGCUUUUUCAAUAUAAAACACUGCGAGAGGGUGACGGUGAGCUCAACUUUCUCUCUAACCCAAACCGGUGAAAAGUAAAAUCCAUCUCACCGCAUCAGUUUUGUUUUCACUGCUGUUUAAAUCUCUCCUUUCCCUCUGGCAGAGCUCUGCACAGUCAUUACGCGCCCGGCUUGGGGGUGGUGUGGUUGUUAGCUCAGUGGUGUAUGACCCAUUUAUUUUCAUAAUACUUAGAUACCUGCGCUUCUACGGCGCCCAUCUCGCGUUCCUGCGCCCCACAUCGUCGCCAGAAAGGCAGUUACCUGAUUUCGGCAGUGCCACGUAAAGUGCCAGGCACCCAGAGCCGCCGGCUGCACGCCCAGUUUGGUGCCGGCCGCUGGAAGAUGGUGGGCUGGAAGACGUCUCUAGCUGGCCAUCGGUGAGCAGGCGAAGGGCAGGUGAAGGGUGUGAACGGCAUGUCUGUGGAUGAGAAGACUGACUCCCCCAUGUAUGUGUAUGAGUCAACGGUGCACUGUACCAAUAUUCUCCUCUGCUUAAAUGACCAGCGCAAGCAGGAUAUUCUCUGCGACGUGACGCUCAUCGUGGAGGGGAAGGAGUUCCGCGCCCACCGGGCUGUGCUGGCCGCCUGCAGCGAGUACUUCUUGCAGGCCUUGGUAGGGCAGACGGAAAAUGACCUGGUUGUCAGCCUGCCAGAUGAGGUCACUGUCAGGGGAUUUGGUCCAUUGCUACAGUUUGCCUACACUGCGAAGCUGUUACUCAGCAGAGAAAACAUCCAGGAGGUCAUCCACUGCGCUGAGUUCCUGCGCAUGCACAACCUGGAGGACUCCUGCUUCAGCUUCCUUCAGACACAGCUGCUGAACAAUGAAGAUGGCCUGUUCCUGUGCAAAAAAGAUACCACCUGUCAGCGCAUGCACGAUGAAGAGAACUCGGAUGGAGACGAGGAGGAGACAAUGGAAUCGGAGACGUCAAAAAUAUCUUGCCCAAGAGAGAGAAUGCACCAGGAGUCCUUCAAUUUUGAAGCCACUGUUGCUGGAGCAGACAAAGGAGAAGGGAUGCUGCCUGACCCUGACAUGCUGAGAGAUAGCAAGGACAAUUUGGACAAAGAUGCAGUAACACGGUACCCCAGAUACAAGAAAUACCAGCUUGCUUGUACCAAGAAUGUCUACAACACAUCACACAUCAGUACCUCAGGUUUUGCAAGCACAUUCAGCGAAGAGAGCUCUGGAAAUGGCCUCAAAUCAGGACUUGCUAUGGGGCAGAUAAAAAGCGAGCCUCAAAAUGAAGAGAACGAUGAAGAAAGCAUCACACUUUGCCUGUCUGGAGAUGAACCUGACAUCAGGGAUAAAGAAGGGGAUGUUGAAAUGGACAGGAAACAGCCAAGCCCCACUUGUGUCGACAGGCCGAAAAGUGGGUCCUCUCCUUCUUGCUUGCGGUCUUUCUUCAACAGAACAAAAAGCAUAGAUUUGGUUGGCUUCCCCAGCACUUCCCAACAGCACUUUGGCAGGAGUCCAGCAUGCCCUUUUGAAAAAGGGACAACUCAGGGUGACCACAAAACUGAUUAUGUCCCUUUCACGGGGAACUAUGGACAGUCCCAUGCCAUGCAGAAGGAUGCUUCCAACUUCACAGUGGGAUCGCCGCUCAGGGGGCCCGGCUUUGAAACUCUCUGUAAGCAAGAAGGGGAACUGGACAGGAGGAGUGUUAUAUUCUCUUCAAACGCUUGUGACCAAGUAAACACUUCGGUGCAUUCAUAUUCUGGUGUGAGCAGCUUGGACAAAGACCUCACUGAGACUGUGCCAAAGGGUCUGUGGGCUGGUGGCAGCCAGUCUCUGCCCAGCUCCCAGACCUAUUCCCACAGCGGACUGACAGCUGAUCACUUGUCGGGAAGGAUGCGGCCGAACACCAGCUGUCCAGUGCCAAUUAAAGUUUGCCCUCGCUCGCCUCCUUUGGAAACCAGAACCAGGACCUCCAGCUCAUGCUCUUCCUACUCGUACGCAGAGGACGGCAGCGGCGGCUCUCCCUGUAGUCUGCGUCUUUGUGAGCUCUCCUCUUCCCCCUGCUCCCAAGGCCCCCGAUUCCUGGCGCCCGAGCACCAGGAGCCCGGCGUGGUGGGAGAUGGAUUGUACAACCCAGUCCGAGCCCAGAUUAAAUGUGAGCCAUCCUAUGGAACAAACUCCAGCGAUGAGUCUGGGUCAUUCUCAGAAGCAGACAGUGAAUCAUGUCCUGUGCAAGACAGAGGGCAUGAGGUGAAACUUCCUUUUCCUGUUGAUCAAAUCACAGAUCUUCCAAGGAAUGAUUUCCAGAUGAUGAUAAAGAUGCACAAGUUAACCUCAGAACAGCUCGAGUUCAUCCAUGAUGUUCGCCGGCGCAGCAAGAACCGAAUUGCAGCUCAGCGCUGCCGCAAGAGAAAACUGGACUGUAUUCAGAACCUCGAAUGUGAAAUCCGCAAGUUGGUGUGUGAGAAAGAGAAAUUGCUCUCAGAAAGGAACCAGCUGAAAGCAAGCAUGGGAGAAUUGCUAGACAACUUCUCGUGUCUUUCCCAAGAAGUGUGUAGAGACAUGCAGAGCCCAGAACAGAUCCAAGCCCUCCACCGAUACUGCCCCGUUCUCAGGCCCAUGGAUCUGCAGACAGCCACCACCAUCAGCCCCUCCCCAGCCGGCGUGGAGCAGAGCCUGGUGCCGUCCCAGUGCGUCGGGGAGAGCAUGCAGUGCUGCUCGGAGCAAGGCUCGGUGCAACUGGGAGCACCCUGGCUGCCCAACAACGUCUCGGAGAAUUGCUCGGCCGGCGGCGGGGGUUUGGAUGGAGCUGAGCCAGGUACUUACCCCGAGAGAGAGCUUCCGCGAGAGCAGAGUAGCCAAACGGUCACGGUAGACUUCUGUCAGGAAAUGACUGAUAAAUGUACAACAGAUGAACAGCCUAGGAAAGAUUACACCUAGUGACUUGUAACCUUAACGUUACACCUGGUCAGGUGUUCUUCAGUCAGCCAGUGGCAGUGUUCAUUCGUUGUCUAGAAGAACGUAUUUGGUGCACACUACAGUGGUCUUAGCAGCAAUACUGUUUUAAGUAUUCCCUCCUCUCUACAAGCAGGAGUUAUCUUCACAAUGGUGCUAUCCCUUGCUCAGGCAGGGAACUAAACAGUGGCAACACUGUCUGUUUUUGUAUGUUGAUUUCAAUCUUAACAGGGAUGGACAUAACACCUCUGAGGACCCAACCGCAGCUUUUUUCUCAGUGGCCCAUGUCACAAAACCCUAACUCAGGAAUUUCCUCUGAAUGUUCAAUUUUUCAUUGAAGACAGCUUCUUUACACAUCAAAGUUUUAUAGCUAAACUGUACAUAUUAUAUAUAAUAUAUAUAAAAUAUAUAUAUCCAUAUGCAAAAGUCCCUGCAUGCCUCAAUUUUUCUCAUCCUACAAACUGGAAGCUUUCAUUUACAUUGUAUAAACAAGUUCCAACAUUCCUUUUUGUCUUCAAUGCUAGAACUAGUUUGGUAACUUGUUACACGAUUAUUUUUUUUCUCGGUUCUCAGUUCAGCAAUAUCAUUCAAUUUGUACUUAUUUAUAAAAUUUUAAUGUUGGAAGCUUAUUUGAGAUUUUAUUAUAGACAUUUUUUUGGCACAGCCAUUUCGUGCCACUUGAGCAAUGUGGAUUUAUUUUAUUUUCUUGCAGAUACUGUACAGUAAUGGUCAACUUUGCCACUUGCACUGAGUUUCUGGUCAAACCUCUUUUCAUAAAUGAAGUCGUGACUUCAGUAUAACUUGAGUAUAUGGUUUUCUUUGCUUUAUGGCUUAAAGAAAAUAGAAAAGUUUUAGCUAAUAGACAAACACUCAGGAGCUCAUUAUGUAGUAAAAAACGGUCUUGCCAAAUACUGAAUUCACUAUACAAUUUGUAAAGAGAAUCUGCUUGAAUUAUUUUUAUAUUCAGACUUCUUUCUGUUUCACAAACCAAGCUUAAGUGCUGUUAAUGAUGCUUUUGGAUUCUUAUAGGGUAAAGUAUAUUUCACUCUUUAGAGAAAAACGUAUUUGACAACUGGAUCCGUUCAUCAUACGUUCCACGAAGUAAAGUAAACGGAGAUCACAUCAAUACACUUCGGGGGGGCUUCUUUUCCAGCCCCGGUCUGCAUCCUUUACUCAUGGAAGCAACUGCUGCUCCGAGUAGUCCCUGUAGCCUCACCUCAGCUUUCCUCAGACAUUACCUGUUUCCUUCGCCAGACCCGAGCUGCAGAGGUGGGUCUGGCGAAGGCAGAGAUCCUGCCUGGGUAGGAAGAGUUGCAGGAUCAGACCCCUAACCGUUGACUUUGGUUUCCCUACAGAAGUCAAGUUAGCACUGUAUCCUCUAAGAGCAAAUCACACGUCUGUCGACACCCACUCGGGUCGCUUACCCUUCCAGUUCUUGUGUUCCAGGAUCCUCUCGUCCUGCAGCAUUGCCCUCAGCACAAACCGCAGCUAAAAGAGCCCGGUCUCAAAGGAGACUACUCAGUGAAUUGGCUUAGUUGUAACUGUAUUGGAUUUGUAUCUGAAGCGAUGUUGACUCAUGUUAUGACUGUGUGAGACAGCAGCUUUUCGAGCAUAACAGCUGUAUGUACAGUGUAGACAGAAGAGCGUCCUCCUAAUGCUUUUUUAAUAAUUAUUAUUACUCUAAGUGUACUGAGUUUUUCUUUUGUGGUUCUUUGCCCUACGUGUGCCAGGUUGCGUGGCUUUAUCCUGGGCGACGACUGUCGUGUGCUUUACUGGCUGAUAUUGUUUGUUCUUGCUGAAAAAAUUGACCAGCUGUUCACACCUGUUCAAAAAAAAGACAAAAAGAGUGUGGGGGGAUAGCGGCUUCUCAGAAGCACUGGGCGAUAAUGUGGUCUUCUGCACUAACGUUUACACUCGAGGUGUGCGCUGGUGCUUUUUUUGAGGCACCCAGUAGAUCAGCAUCUUUACCUUGGAGGAGGAAUCAGCUCCCUCUCUCCCCUUCUUCCAUCUUCAGACUGUGCUCAUGGACCGUCGCGCGCUUGCCACAAAGUCUUGCUCUUACCCUCUGCACCCACACUAUUGUAGCCGAGCUACCGAGGAGGAAAUGCAUAUAGCAUGUGCCAUGUUUGUUGAAAAUACUUUUUUUCCCCGCAUGUACAAAGAAAAUCUAGUAUAUAAUGUAGGAGAAUAUUUAUGUUUAAGUAUUAAUCAUUACUGUACAAAAUCCUUACCUUUAGAUGUUCAAAAGUAUACGAAUGCCAUAAACUCCUAGUUCACACGGUUGAAAAAGGGGGAGGAGUCGUCCUUUCUUUUUACAAGAGCUUAAGCUAAAACUAUUUGAACCCCCUCCCGGCCACCUUUUGCAGGUAACUGAGUGAGAAGCUCUUGCGGGGGGAUUGGAUUUUCCUUUGGAUUCAUUGACGUUGCAAAGCAGUUCUGUGCUUCGCAGAGAAGUUUUGUUUCUAUGAGACCAUGGUGAAAGCUAGAAUUUAAAACUAAAUGUGAAUCACAUUAUAGACUCAUAGCUACUUGGGGGGGGCUGGGGCGGAGGGAGGGAAGGGUCAACUGACACAGUAUUUUAAAGAUGUUUUUCUGUUGCCUUUUUUUUUUAAUUUUUAAGUGACCUCCUAUAUAUAUCAAUAGGUAGAAUGUUUUAUGAGCGUAAAACCAAGUUUUAACUUGCUUCCUGACAUGAAGAUUUACUCUACUAACAACUCAUGUGCAACUGGUACUCUUGACCUCAUUCCAACGGUUUAAAAAACCCACCCACACAACCCAUUGCGCUGCAGCUCUUAGGUUUGACCUGGCUUCAUACUGGUGCUGGGUCUCUUGAUUUCCUCUACCUUGGGAACUGGUGUUUAAAACCACUGCUCAAAUAAGUGUCUCUUCCUCAACCUUUUCUCUCCUCUCGCUCUCUUUCCCUCCCCCGUGAGCUUUUCUGGAUGUUUGAUUUCAUUCUUUCCCAUUAGAAGUGGCUGAUUUUGUGUCAUUGCUUCCUAUAUUUACAUGUAUCAUGGUUUUUCAGUGGGUUUUUUUUUUUUUUGGUGGUGGUGGUGGUUGUUUUUUGUUUCUAUUUCGUCUUGAGGGUUUUUUUUGCUAUUCUGAACCACGUGGCUCUCAAAACUGUUACCGGGCUAACUUUAAAGGAAGGCAUUGGGAGAAUUAGUUUCAGACCUGGACGUCAGUUAGCAUACCCAGCUGCUCUCAUCAUGAGGUCAAAACAGCUGACCACAAGGACACCGUUAGAAAGAAAAGAACAAAAAGAAAAAAAAAAAAAAAGGUGACUGCAGUAUUUAUUAGUGUGAAGAGUUUGGCCAAUGGUCACCAUGAUCUUAAGUGAGAAUCUCUUUGCAUUUGUCAAAGAGGACACGUGCAGCAUCUGUCCUGCCAGGCAGUGCUUGGGAAGGGUGUGACGAGCCCCUGUCUCCCUGCUGGGCGCUGCAGCGCUCUCAUGGGCAUGCGAGUCCUCGAAGCUUUGUCCAGGCUGUACCUAGUCCUCCUCUUCCUUUGCCAUUGCUAUCCUUGUAUCGCCAGGAAACCUCAUUUCAUUUAGGCUCGUUAUGCUUUGUCAGGUGAGUACUACACUAUAUAAUGUGUUUGUUUCUCUGCGUUCUCUGGGGGUGCCUUGAACACAAUUAAAGCUCAUUGCAAGCUGAUUCUGGAACAAAAAGGUAGUGCAAAAAAAAUUAAAAAGAAAAAAACAGAAACAGAGAGAGAGAAAACAAAACAGAAAACAUGCAAAAUGCAAAAGCAAAAUGUUGGCUGUGUUAUCAGGAGAUCCCAGUAUUUAUAUCACAAACUUCCUAACAUAUGAUGACUCAGGCGUCAGAGUUUGAUGCUGCAGUAUAAAACUAUUAUUUUAUAUAUUGUA